AUGGUCUGUGUGAAUACCGCCUUGCUGGUGGCAGUCGCGGGCCUCGUGACUGCCCAGUAUGAUGGGUGGGAUCUUGAGAAAGGCCAAGUGAGCUCGUCCAUGUGUUAUUGGUACGCACCAAGAGCUGCCGUCAUUCGAGAUACUCUAUGGCUAGAUGGUGGAAGUCUGUAUUGGACCCCAACGUAUGGGGACGGGUCGACCGGAUAUCCAACGACCCUAGAUAACCCUCUGGGUCUCAUGUACUCACUCAACUUCAGCAAGCCUUUCGACAAAUCAACAAACAUCACUAAGCUCAUCGAAACUCAUUCAAAGGCUCCUUCUGGUAGUGGUAACGCCAAUAGCUUCGCUCCAAAUACUAUCGAUGGUGCUCUGCUAUACAAUGAUGCCGAGUUCUUUCUGUAUGGAGGUGUCUUUGCCAAACCAACGGACGCUUACGGCCCUCCGCCCGGCGACAAGGCACUAGUAUGGCGUCUCUACGAGUACGGCGCAGAGAAAGCCGCCUUCAACAACGGAAGCGAUCAGAGAGCCCUGGACGACGGCGUGACUCGAUAUGUUGCCCAUGGUGGGGCUGCCAGUGCUCCCUCGGAGAAUAAGGCCUGGUAUGUUGGCGGCAUGCGGUCGCCUGUAUGGGGCGACAUGUAUCAGAGCACUACGAACCGUUCUCUGAACGCUGUUAACGCCUCCAAUACCCUCAUCACCCUCGACAUGUCCACCCAAAUGUUCGAGAAAUUUUCCAACAAGACUUUACUGCCAAGCAGUAUCAAGGCCAGGGCAAACCCUGAGGUUGUCUGGGUUCCAGUUGGUGCUGAGGGUAUUCUCGUCGUCCUUGGCGGAGCAAGUGAAAGCCCUGCUUUCAUGGAGACCAUCGACAUUUACGACGUAGCCGGCGAUAAGUGCUUCAACAUUUACUACUACGGCGGCUACGAUGGAAUCCACCCCAAAGAAGACUUUAGCGACGACGUCUGGGUUCUCUCGAUUCCUUCAUUCCAGUGGACAAAGGUCUACGAGGGGACAGCCCUGCACGCCCGUGCCGGUCAUCAGUGCGUAAUGCCUUACCCUGAUCAGAUGAUGGUCGUCGGCGGCUAUGCGGCGAUGGCCGGAAGCGGGGCUCCACCAUGCCUUGAAGGAGGCAUCAUGCAGGUCUUCAAUCUCUCCAGUGCAGAGUGGCUUGAUGGAUACAGCCCGACGAAAUGGUCAAACUACACCAUCCCUACCGCCGUCCGGAGCAAGAUUGGAGGACUGGCAUCCAUCUUUGCGACGCCAUAUGUUACCUCGAAGAUUAAUACAUGGUACCCGUACACAGAAGCCAAAGACCCCGGACGGCCAACUGUCACAGGCGGCGGAGAUAACAACGGCGGCGGCGGUGGAGGAACCCCGAAAUGGGUUGCACCUGUCCUCGGCGUCGUCCUCGGUCUUGUCUUCAUCACUGCCAUCCUCGUCGGCUUCUGCCUGUGGCGUCGUCGCAGAAUACUCAGAAGAGGUAACGGGACAGCAACCCACACCGAUGACAACGGAUCUAGAAUCAUCUCCUGGAUCAGAGGCCAGCCCAGCGAACCAGCCAAGGCGCCUACCGUCACUACCGAGGAAGCCUCUUCCCAAGAUAUGGCUGAGGUCCGGACGCCGCCCCCUGCCCCUGCGGCAUCGCCUGUACCCCAACAAGUGCAUCACGAGAUGGCCGAUAACCAGAUUGCAGAGCUACCAGACACUUCGCGGCCGCCUGAACUCCACGGCACAGGUCUCACCCCCAUCGAGAUCAUCAACAAGCACACGCACUUUGGCACCGGUGGCACAUCCAACCCCGCGACAACACACCAAUCAUCUUACUACGCCUCCGUCUCUUCUAACGAGAACGCCUCAUCGCUCUCCCGCUCCUCUGGCGUCCUCGGAUGCCAGACCCGCGCCCAAUCGCCCGAUCCAGGACCGCCGUCGCCGCCCAUCAGCAACGCUGCGGCCGCUACCUCUACCGGACGAGUCGGCUCUGAUGUCUCCGGUCUCAGCGACCAGGAGGCGCGGCACCUGCGGCAUAUCAGCGAAGCGACUGUCAGCUCUGCCUCGUCGGGCGGGGAACAAGAUGGCCCGGUUGCUCGGGAGCAGCCACGUAGCAUUCCGGAGACGGUGCCGGAGACUCCGACGCCCGGACACCCGAGUCCUCUGAGCCCGCCGACUGGAGCAUCUGAUGGGGAUGAUUAUAUCAGUGCGAGGAUAUUGCCGGUUAGUCCGGCGGGGACUGCUACCAUGAGGAGGAGUAUGUUUCACGAGAGUGAAGAUGAUCUUGGGUCCAGGAAGUAA